AUGGGAGCAGAAACGCGCAGAGUGGAGUUCCGCGGACUGCUGGCAAAAUUGCUUAUUCUGUUCGUGGUACUGCAAUGCCACCUCACCUAUUCCUCAGAAAUGCAAGUGAUUGACGUUCUGGAUCUGCACGACUCUAAGCAGACCAUCUCUGCGGUGAAGAGUGUGGCGGGCGCUCUGGACUCUGCCUCCGACCUCUAUCUGACCUCCACGUUCCGCCUUCCUGCCAAGAUGGGCGGGAUGCUGAUGGGCCUGUAUGACAGGCAGGACAACAGGAAGUACCUGGAAGUGUCCCUGGUGGGAAAGAUCAACAAACUUCUGGUGCGGUACGUGCGUCCAGAUGGGAAGAUCCACACGGUGAACCUGCAGAACCCGUCUCUGGCCGAGGGACGCACCCAGUCCGUCAUCCUGCGGGUGGGCGGCCUCCGCCGCGCCCAUCUCUUCCUGGAACUCUAUGUCAACUGCCGAUUGGCCGACUCGGCUCAGGGAUUGCCCCAAUUGGUUGGCCUACCAGAGGAGGUGGAAUCUAUGGAGUUCCGUCACGGGCAGAAGUUGUACACCAGAUUGCAGGGGUCUCUAGACUCACUCAAGCUGGCUCUUGGUGGCUCUCUGGCCAAAGCAGGAGUUCUCAUUCACUGUCCAUUCCAGGGAGAUUCCUCUGCGGAAAAUACAGUGAGCAGUGACGUGAAUGCUAUCUUAGGCGAUCACACCAAGGCCCUGAUUGGCCAGCUCAUUAUCUUCAACCAGAUCAUGGGGGAGUUAAGAGAGGACAUCAGAGAACAGACCAAAGAGAUGUCCCUGAUCAGGAAUACUAUCCUGGAAUGCCAAGCAUGUGGCUUCCUGGAGCCUCAGUCGCGGUGCCAGCCCAACCCCUGCUACAAGGACGUGGCCUGCAUGGAGAGCAUGGAGUACCCAGGGUACCGCUGCGGACCCUGCCCCGAGGGCAUGAUGGGAAAUGGCACGCACUGCCAGGACAUAGACGAGUGUGGCCUGGCUCAGCCCUGCUUCUCUGCGGAGGGCUGUGUGAACACCGCACGGGGUUUCUCCUGUGAGCCGUGCCCCAGCGGCUUCUCCGGCCCAGUGAUCAGUGGGGUCGGCGUGGAGUACGCCAAGAGCCACAAGCAGGUGUGUGUGGACAUUGAUGAGUGUGCUGACCUGUCUAGCACAUGCGUGCCCAACUCAGUGUGCUCCAAUGCAGUGGGGUCCUUCUCGUGCGGGGCGUGUAAAGGCGGGUUCGAGGGCAACCAGACGGUGGGCUGUUUCGUGCGGCGGAGCUGUGAUGUGUUCGGCUACAACCCGUGUGACGUGAACGGCCACUGCGUGAUGGAGCGGAGCGGAGAAGUGUCCUGUGUGUGUAAUGUUGGCUGGGCAGGAAAUGGACACAUGUGUGCUCCGGACUCUGACAUCGAUGGAUACCCGGACGAGUCUCUGCCGUGCAUUGACAAUGAUAAGCACUGUCGAGCGGACAACUGUGUCAACACACCCAACUCCGGGCAGGAGGACGCCGAUGGCGACGGCAUCGGUGACCAGUGUGACGAGGACGCAGACGGAGACGGCAUCAAAAACGUCGAGGAUAACUGUCGACUGGUGCCAAACAAAGACCAACAGAACUCAGACAACGACUCCUUCGGGGAUGCCUGUGACAACUGUCCCAACGUGCCAAACAGAUACCAGCUGGACACUGAUGGAAAUGGGGCUGGCGACAUAUGUGACAACGACAUUGAUGGAGAUGGCAUCCCUAAUGUGUUGGACAACUGCCCCAAAAUCCCCAACCCCAUGCAGAACGAUCGAGAUGGGGAUGGGGUCGGGGAUGCGUGUGACAACUGCCCAGAGGCCAAUGAUCCAUUGCAGUCAGAUUCAGAUGAUGACUUGGUGGGUGAUGUAUGUGACACAGACCAGGAUCGGGAUGGUGACGGUCAUCAGGACACCAGAGACAACUGCCCAAACGUUCCCAACAGCUCUCAGGUGGACUCAGACAAUGACGGCAUUGGUGACGAGUGUGAUGAAGAUGAUGAUAACGACGGAAUUCCGGACACACAGCCCCCAGGCCCGGAUAACUGUCGCCUGAUUCCUAACCCCAGUCAGAUAGACUCUGAUGCCAAUGGAGUGGGUGACGUCUGCGAGACGGACUUUGACAACGACAAGGUGGUGGACCUGAUAGACGCGUGUCCAGAGAAUGCCGAGGUCACCAUGACAGACUUCAGAGCUUACCAGACUGUCAUCUUGGACCCAGAGGGCGAAGCCCAGAUUGACCCCAACUGGGUAGUACUCAACCAGGGCAUGGAGAUUGUCCAGACCAUGAAUAGUGAUCCUGGGCUGGCUGUGGGUUAUACGGCCUUCAACGGCGUUGACUUUGACGGCACGUUCCACGUCAACACGGCCACGGACGACGACUACGUGGGCUUCAUCUUUGGGUACCAGGACUCGUCCAGCUUCUAUGUGGUGAUGUGGAAGCAGACCGAACAGACUUACUGGCAGUCUCUCCCAUUCAGGGCCUCUGCGGAGCCUGGCUUACAGCUCAAAGCGGUGAAGUCGAGCACCGGCCCUGGCGAGUAUCUCCGGAACGCCUUGUGGCACACAGGCACCACCCAGGACGAGGUGACCCUGCUCUGGAAAGACCCCCGGAAUGUCGGCUGGAGGGACCGAACCUCCUACCGCUGGCAUCUCCGCCAUCGCCCUCAGGUGGGCUACAUCAGAGUGCAGCUCUUCGAGGGAACGUCCCUGGUAGCCGACUCUGGCGUGGUGGUUGACACAACCAUGAGGGGCGGCCGUCUGGGAGUGUUCUGCUUCUCUCAAGAGAACAUAAUUUGGUCUAAUCUACAGUAUCGCUGCAAUGAUACCAUACCGGAUGAAUUCGAGCUCUACCACAGGCAAAUGAACAUUAGGGUGGCUGUGUAGCAUGUGACAUUUCCUUGAAGAUGUCUUCGUAUAUACAAUAUAUAUAUUCCUUUUGGGUUCUAGUGUCUUUUCAUGGUUUUGUGUUUGUAUGAGAGAGAGACAGCGAAGGAGAGAGAGAGAGAGAGAGAGAGUGUGUGUGUGUGUGUGUGUGUGUGUGUGUGUGUGAGAGAGAGAGAGAGAG